GAUAAUUUUAGACUUCAUGACUUCAAAAUUUUUUUCUGGAAUUCAUCGCAAAAUUAUAACAAUCCUAGUAAUGGACAAUUACUGAUGAAAACAUGUCAUUUUUGUCGACAUAAUAACGUUAUAUAACAAAUGCAAUGUUAAUUUACUAUCGUUGAUAUGACAAAAUACCAUAAAUUCCGCGUCGAAAAGAUAAAAAAAAUAGUCCAAAUACAUUGAACCAGAUCCGAUUCGAUUCGAUUAAUCGUGAUCAGCUGUUACAGAUCGAUUGCAGGAUUACUGUUUACAAAUUGUUAUGAAAUAACUGUCGUAUCGACUAAUCAUUGUUUCUGACGCUGGUUUACAAAGCCCGUGCAAACGUGGAUAACACGCUGUGAAAAUUUCUGUUUUGUCUCGCUCACAUAGCGAAUUUUGGUAAAAUCGGAUUUACAGCCAUGGCGCUGGAAAUAGCCUCCUGUCGACGCGAUGACGGUUGUGCCAUCGCCGCGCGCAACGGAAUGCCUUGUGACCGACGGUUUGGAUUUUCGCGCUAAAUCGCGCACAUGCUGAGACAUUUGUACAAAACCGUCGCGAAACCUGCAAUGUCUCGCGUGUCGUAAACAAUUGCAACAUGUUCGUGACGAAUCUAGAGAAGGAUUUCUACAGCGUGAUACAAAAAAGUAGGUGUUUACUUCUGGUGAACUUUGACGUUGAUGCAAUCAGUGCCUGUAGAAUAUUACAACAACUUUUUAAAAAUGAUCACAUAAUAUAUACUCUUGUAUCUGUGCGAGGCAUUCAGGAUAUGGUAAACGCUUUUGAAGAAAAUUGUACAGAGAUAAAAUAUGUUGUUAUGAUAAACUGUGGUGGUACCUUAGAUUUAGUGGAAUUACUUGAACCAGAUGUUUCUGUAGUAUUUUUCAUUCUCGACAGUCAUAGGCCUUAUGAUUUAUGCAACAUAUAUUCAGAACAUCAAGUAUGCAUUCUUGGUAAACCUGAUGAAGACAAUGAAAUCCCAGAAUAUAAUGAUAUAUUUCGAGAUGAUAGUUCAGAUGAAGAGGACCCUAAUGAAGAAUCAGAUGAUGAAAGUGAAGACAGACAAAGCAAGAAACGAAGACUGAAUGAAGAGGAUAUUUUGAGACGAGGCGAACGAAGAAAAUGGGUUGAAAACAGAGCAACAAUUCUUUUUAAUUAUACACAAUAUAGUUAUUAUGGCAAAUCAAGUGCGAUAGUAGUUUUUGAAAUGGCUUGGAAUAUGUCAAAGGAUAAUUUAGAUAUGGCAUGGUGGGCCAUAGUUGGUUCAACAGAACAAUCUAUUCUUAAUAAGGUGGAGUCACGAAUAUCUGUUCUUGAAGAAGGUUCUCUUCAAGCUCAUGUUUCAAGGUUAUCACACAGACAAGGUGUUGACAUUGAUAAGCAACAACAGCAACAGAGUAUUGUUAAAGUCACUUACGACAAAGACCUCCAAUUAGCAUUGUAUCGUCACUGGACUGUUGAAAAUAGCUUAAAAUAUUCAAUGUCAACUGCAGUGUCGCUGCGUCUUUGGUCCAUUAGAGGGGAACAGCGUUUGAGAGAAGUUUUAGCCGAAAUGGGUUUACCUCUAGUGCAAUCCAGGCAACUGUUUCGUGCAAUGGAUCUUACUUUUAGACAAGAGUUUAGACAGAUGGUUGAAAAGCUAGCUGGCAAAUAUAAUGUCAAUAGUGUUAUUGGCACUAGUUUUACUCUCCAAUAUGGUUAUCGUUUUAAAUAUUGUGCAUCGGAUAUGGUAUAUGCCAUGUUGGCUUUACUGGAUUCCACGACAAAGGACAGGCAACCGCAGCGUUGUUUCUUAGACGCACUGGACUGUUUGUCACGCACGAAAAAGGACGUUUUAGAAGGCGGCAUAGAAAAAGCAAAGCUUAUGCUUCUCAAUAUUUUUAAAACAGCACAGAGUAUACUGGAAGCUAAGCAAGUGAAGAAGUUCGGUUCCUUCUUGUAUCUCGAGGUGCCAGAAGGGAAUAUUGACACUCAUUUAUUCGCGCAUCCUCAUCCUCUGAUUAUGCUGGCACAAUUUGCCCUCAAAGCAUACGUAAACUCUUCGAGAAACAGACGUGCUUCUGAAUGGCCUCUUGUGGCCUCUGCGAUAUUUAGUGCAGAAGAAGAGACGUGCCUCCUUAUUGGUAUACCGCCAGUUUGCGAGGAUCAGCCUAGAAGUUUAUUUGGAAAAGCGUUUGAGCAAGCUGCGAAGAAUAAAAAUUGUUACAUUGAGGCAGACUAUUUUGAUACUACAAUAAUAAGACUGAAAGUCGAAGAAAGACCGAAAUUUCUUGAUGCUUUAACAGCACUCCUUACGUGAUAACCAUUCUUAAUGCAUAAUUAUUAGAGACGAGUAGUAUAACAAUCACAUUAAGUAAAUUUUUAACUAAAGUGACUUUUAAAACGAUUUAAUGCACUUUAUUGUUUAUGACGUACAGUACCUUUUUUUUAAAACGCGAACUCUCAUUGUACAAUUUUUUUUUAACCAGCGACGGUGGUAGCUUUAUAUUUGUAAAAUAUUUAAUAUAAAUUAGGACUGAUAUGUAAAUCAAUGAUACGUGAAUCAUUCGUGUGCAAGUGUGAUGUGUUGUAUAAAAAAUGUUAGGAUCGUAACAGUAAGAGAUAAGGUAUGAAAAAUUAUCCCGUUCUAAUAAUAUCUACAUUAGCAAUUUAAAAGACAUGAGAUUAAAUAAUUUUGUAAAAAAGAAAUACACAAAUAAAAUCAUUACAUUUACUA